UGUGUUGUGUAGACCGUAGACAAACAAAGGGCCAAAUUCAAAUUAUUUAUGCUAACCUAGGAUCUAGUAAUUAAUUAUUUAUUGAUUGAUUCGGGACAAACUUUUGAAUAUAGCAUUCCUUAAUGUUAAUUUUUUCUUUUAAUUUAUAGUUUAUCUUAAUUUCUGUGUCAUAUUUCAAUUACUUAGGUAGGCCUUUAACUAUGGAAGGGUCAGCAGAGGAGGAUUCUCAGUUUGAAGGAUCAGUAAAAAUUCUAAUGGAAAUGGGAUUUGAAAAAGAACAAGCCGAAGAAGCAUUGGUUAAAACAGGUGGCCAAUCAAUUGAUUUAGCAGCAGCUUAUUUAUUGAAUAACGGUCUUCCUGAAGGUGAAAACCUAGAUGACGAAUGGGAGGAUGUAGAGUACAAUUUUAAAAUGGUUUUUGUUGUAAAUACUGACCUUAAAAUGAGCAUCGGGAAAACAGCUGCCCAGGUAGCCCAUGGAUGCCUUGGAUUGUAUAAAGAUAUAGUAGAAAAGCGAGAGUACAGAGAUUGGAAAAAUGGUAUACAUAUGUGGACUGCUGAAGGCCAGAAGAAAGUAGUUUUGAGUGGAAACAAUGCUGAACAAUUACUGCAACUACAGGAAAAGGCAAAGAGUUCCGAAGUACCAUGCCAUAUCGUUCAGGAUGCUGGCCAUACUGAGGUAGAACCUGGUUCAGUCACAGUGCUGGCUCUAUUUGGAGGUGAAGAAGAGGUGAACCAAAUAACUGGCUCCUUGAGGUUAUUAAAAUAAAAUUCAUUUUAAUUUUGACGUACGCAACUUCAAUUUUGUAAAUAAAAUAUCCAUAAAACGGAAUAU